AACAAGACACGACAAGUUCUCUCUGUAAAUUGUAAAAUAAUAAAAAAAUAAAAUAAAAGUUAAACAUUAAAUGAAACCAAAAGCAAACACUCGAACAGCUGAAAUGAGUUCUCGUCUUCCCACAAGUCGUCUGCAAAUUCCUACGCGGAUCACAAAAGCGAAAACUCAAUUAGCCAUGAAUCCCGGAUUAAAGCGGAAAAACGAAAACGCCGCUCCGGCACCUCUCAAAGUUGCCAAAACAGUGACAAAAUUGUCGCCCAGCAAAGUGCAGGAAAGUCUCGCGACAUUGACCAAACCCGCCACAACAAUAACAACAAAACCAUCGACAAAAACAGCUCCUGUCGCGCGACAACCAUUAGCUACCCGAACACGUACCGGUCUCGAUCUGAAUGCCACCAAAGGAGUUACGAACAAGACCGUUGCAAGUCGAGGAGCUGCCGCAGGAGUGGCAAAAGCAGCUGCUGCCACUGCCGCCAAGAAAACUGCAACCGCCACCGCAAAUAAAGAGACAACGGGAAAAGCUCCCGCCGCAAAACGGAUACCGCCAUAUGACUUUAAGGCAAGAUUCAACGAUUUGCUUGAGAAACAUCAAGCGUUAAAAACCAAACACGAAAAUUUGAAGGAGGAAUUGGGAGAGUUGGCAGAUUUACCAGAGAAAUAUGACAAAACCAAGACAGAUUUGGAAAAGGCACUUGAAACGGUUGAAAAACUGACGGAAGAACGCGAUGCUUUGGCUUUCAAGAACAACUCUCUCGUAUCUACGUUAACGGAGACGCAAGAUGCCCUGAAGAUCCUCGAGGAAAAGUGUCCGAAACUCGAAAAACACAUCGAGGAGCUAACGAAAAAGUGCGACAGUGUUGAGAAAUCUAAUAAAGAUUUGACUGAAAAGAAUGAGCAACUGACACACAAGACCAAUGAAUUAACUGACGAAUUGGAAAAAUGCGCUGAACAGCUCUUUAGAGCCAAUUAUGAACGGAAAGAGUUGCACAAUACGGUCAUGGACUUGCGCGGAAAUAUUCGCGUCUUUUGUCGUGUGCGUCCACCACUUGCGCAAGAAAACGAUCGUGCUUUGUGUACUUGGAAUUAUUUGGAUGAAACGAGCGUCGAACUUCUCAAAGUUGAACCGAAUGGCAAAGUUUUGCGAAACGAGUUUAGUUUUGACAACAUUUUCCAUCAAAACUCCACACAAGAUGACAUUUUCCUCAGUGUAUCGCCCCUCAUUCAAUCGGCACUCGAUGGAUACAACGUAUGCAUUUUUGCUUAUGGACAAACAGGCAGUGGCAAAACCUUCACGAUGGACGGUGGAAAUGGCGAAAAUCAAUUGGGUGUCAUUCCGCGCACGGUUUCGCUGCUCUUCAACUCAAUUAAGGACUACCAACGACUCGGUUGGAAAUACGAGAUCUCCGCACAGUUCCUCGAGAUCUAUAACGAAGUCUUGUACGACCUAUUAGAUGAUUCGCCAAAGGACUUGGAAAUUCGUAUGGUCUCCGCUUCCAAUAAAACAGACGUUUAUGUGUCAAAUAUCACGGAAGAAACCGUUUCAACGGAAAUGGAGUUGCUCUCGUUGAUGCAAAAAGCAAAACUGAAUCGCAUGACAGCAGCUACGGUAGGCAAUGAACGGUCUUCUCGGUCGCAUGCCGUUACAAAACUCACCGUCACUGGAAUACACGAAGGAAAGAAUGAGAAAUGCGUGGGACAUAUUAAUUUGGUGGACUUGGCGGGCUCAGAAAGCCCCAAGACAAGUACUCGUAUGGAUGAAACCAAAAGUAUUAAUAAAUCUUUGUCCGAAUUGAGCAACGUUAUUCUCGCUUUGGUGCAGAAACAAGAUCACGUUCCGUAUCGCAAUAGCAAAUUGACGCACUUACUCAUGCCCAGCUUAGGAGGUAAUUCUAAAACGCUUAUGUUUGUGAACGUUGCACCUUUCAACGACUGCCAUCAAGAGUCUGUCAAAUCACUACGUUUUGCUGCAUCUGUUAAUUCGUGCAAAUUACAGAAGGCCAAAAAGAAUAAGGUUUUGAAUCAAAUGUAAUCCUUUAUUAUUAUUAUUAAUAUUAAUGACCAAUUUUUCUAAUAUAUAUUUUUUUGUUAAAUUAAAAAAAAAAAAAUGAACAUUAAUACAUAAACUGUUCUUUCCAGUACUAUGCUUAAUCGUUAAUUCUAAAUAAAAAUAUUUCUU